AAUCGGCCCGUAGUGCACGUGAACAAGCGAUGCACUGAGCAGCUUUUUGUGCUGCAGUCGCACCAGACGCUCCACAUGAUGGUUCUUUUUGGGUGGUUCCGUGCGUAGACCAUGAAGCCGUGGGGGGAUCGUUCGAUGAGAAUAGGAGCGAUCGAUCUGACAACGACGUGCGGUGGCAUUGGUUUUAGAUAUUUCGAUUUGCUAGGUGGGUAGUAGGGCUGGAACUGAAUGUGCGUGCGUGGAAAAAAAAACACAUUCGCAGUCCUGCCACAAGCUCGUCUCCUGGUAACACCCAUUGAAGCUGCGCACGACAUGCAGCCAUUCAACAAGUACUAUCCUCCAGACUGGACGCCUGAAAAGGGCUCCGUCAAUACAUUCGUAGGCAAACAUCCCCUUGGAGAUCGGGCACGCAAGAUAGACCAAGGGAUCUUGGUGGUUCGGUUUGAACUUCCUUUCAAUAUCUGGUGCGAAGGAUGCGACAAUCAUAUUGGCAUGGGUAAGUCCACAGACAUAGCGCGCGUUUGCGGCCUUGCUGAAUGUUCCUUCCUUCUAGGCGUACGCUACAAUGCGGAGAAGAAAAAGAUUGGGAAUUACUUCUCAACGCCGAUAUGGCAAUUUCGAAUGAAAUGUCACUUGUGCGAUAACUGGAUCGAAAUUCAUACCAACCCAAAGGAAACGAAAUACGAUGUCGUGAGCGGAGCGCGGCAAAAAGUAGAGGAAUGGGAGCCGGAGGACUCCGAAGUGAUCCGGCUGAAAGAUGAAGCGACCUUGGAAAAGUUGGAAAAUGACGCAUUUUUCAAAUUGGAACAUGGAGUACAGGAUCAACGGAAGGCAGCUGAAACUGUGCCCGUUCUCACCCAGCUUCAGCGACUAAAUGACGCUCAGUGGAGUGAUCCCUAUACCCUGUCGCAGCAAUUACGACGGAAGUUCAGAGAACAAAAGAAGAUUGAAAAAGCCAAUGUGGAGAAAGCCGAUAAAUUGAAGGACAAGAUGUCACUUCACAUUGAUCUUGUGGACGAGCAUCCCGAUGAUGAGAUCAAAGCCAAGCUCACCGAAUUUGAAGAUCCCGUCAUUGCUUCUGCAGAGAAGAGAAAAAAGGAUGCAGAAGUGAGCCCAUUGUUUAGCAAGCGGCGCCGGGACACCAAAGGCUGCGCGAAAGAUGAUCUGGCCAGUCGAUUGGUCACUCAGACUCGACGAAAAGUCGACCCAUUUCUACAAAGCACUAUUUCCUUUGGACAGUUGUCCAAGCAAGAUACCUUGGCUGACAUCGUAGUUGUGAAGCAGCAGUCCAAAGAAGUGCCUGAAUCAAGUUCCUCCGCAAUAUCCCUUGUUUCCGUCGACUAUACUGAUUCAGACAACAGCGAUUGAACCUACCCCUGUACAUAGAUACCAGUUCAUUGAAAUCCUUCCAUAAUAGCCAACAACAUUAGGGUGAAAGAGUGAUUUUAUUUACAACCAUUCUCGGAUGGAGAACAGAACACACAAACUUAGAAAUACUAAAAGGAUUUGAAGGGAUACUAUCUAGAAAGGCAUUGAUUUGAGGGGAAGAAUGUACGUA